UUGUUGAAGAAGCAAACAUGAAUCAGAUAGAUUUAAAUGAAUAUCCUUUUGAUCUGAAUGAGAGCAUUCAGUCCGAGGGAUAUCAUUUUAAUCAAGGAAAGGAGGAAAGUAACAACGACAAAGAAAAAACUAAUGUGGGCGAGCAAAAUCAGAAUGUGGUAGAAGAGCCAAAUAAAAUUCCGGAGAAUUGCAUGAAUCAGAUAAAUUUAAAUGAAUAUCCCUUUGAUCUGAACGAGAAACCUGAGGACGAAGAUAUUUUUAAGAAGUGUUAG